ACUUGGAUAAAAUUUAAAUUUUGCUAUUAUAUAUCCAUGGAAUUAGAGAUGGUAACUUCAAGUGAAGAAAGUGAUGAGCAAGUAGUUCAAGAUGAAUCUAUAGAAACCAAACGUUCUUAUGAUUGCACAUUUUGCAAAAGAGGUUUCACUAAUGCAAGGGCAUUAGGAGGCCACAUGAAUAUUCAUAGAAAAGAGAGAACAAAUUAUAAAACCAAACAAGGCACACAAAAUUCCUCACCUUUUGUUCCAAUUGUUUCAAGCCAACCCUCAACUUAUUAUUGCAUUUUGGAAUCUCCUAGGAACUAUGACAUGUAUCUUCAACCAUCAAAAGCUAACCCUUCCCCACCUAGCUUUUUUCAAUAUGAUUUUCUUAACACAAAUUCUCAGUCUAUGAUGGGAACCAAUUUGAGUCUCCAAAUUGGUUCAAGCCAUGAGGGUAAUGAUCAUGUUUGGAGAGGAAUAGGGAAAGAUGGUGAAGGGGUGGACCUAGAGCUUAGGCUUGGUCAUGAUUCAUACUCAAACUACUAAGGUAUGUCAUGCACGUGCAACUGCAGCUACUAAUCUCUUUCUCGUCGGAUCACGAAUGCUAAUCAACAGAGUUUACUCUAUUCACUAGCACUAGAUA